AUGUCCAACAAUAAUUCAACUACAACAAAUAUUCAAUCAUGGUUUAUUCCUGUAGAAAUUCUAAUGAUUAUAUCUACUAUUAUCGCAACUCUACUUGCUUGUAUCUUCUUGUCUAUUAUUGUUACCAAUCGAACAUGUCGAACAGUAUCAUUAAUGCUUGUUGGAAACUCAUGUUUAGUUGCAAUUUUAUUUGGAUGUAUUAUGAUAAGUAUGGCUUUAUUUACACUUGAAAAUGAUAUAAAACAAAUUGUGUUUCAAGAUUCACUUUGUAUUUUUCGAGGUUAUAUGGGUUAUAUUGCAUGUUUUUUACAGAAUUAUUCAUAUGCAUUACAAGCUAUCUAUCGAUAUAUUAUUGUUGUUCAUCCAGCUCGUGUUUCAUGGCAAUCAGCUCGUUUUCAAGCUUUUCUUAUUGGUAUUAAAUGGAUCUUAUCGAUUGUUUAUUCACUUCCAUUAUUGUUAACUGGUGAGAUAAUCUAUAAUGUUGACAAUCAAAUAUGUCAAGUAUCAUUACGACUUUCUCCAAUAAUGGUAUAUACUACAUUGUGUAUUUAUACAAUACCGCUUACAAUUAUUAUGCUUGUCUAUUUUAAAUUAUUUCGAUAUGUACAUGAAAUGAGUAAACAUGUAACACCAACAAAUACAUUAUUUCAUGCACGACGAGAAUUAGAAAUGGUUCGUCGUAUUGUUUUUCUUGUUAUUAUUCUUGUCGUACUCGGUUUACCUUAUCUAAUAUUUAUUUUAAUAUCUUUUGUAACUAUUCCACCAAAAUAUCAUUUUCGUAUUGCUUAUUUAUUUGUUGAUGUAUCAUCGGUAUUUAUUAUGAUUGCUCUAUUUCAAUUUACAGAACCAGUUAAAACGAUUUUAUUAAGAAUGAUAAGUGUAAUGUCAAAUGUAGUGAAACCAAUGAGUAAUCAGUUAAAUGAAUGA